CGGACAUCUCUUCCGCUCCAGUCUAAUCUCCGUCGCCGAAAACCGCUACUCCAUCCGCCGCCGCCGCUCUUCUCCUUCUCCCUCCAACAUUCCCCAACUGUAACGUCCCCCUACAGUUCACGCGGUUGAUAGUUGGCCUUCCAGCACAAAAACUUGAGCUUCUUCCCUUCAUCCUCGAAACCACUUGUUUUCAACCGAGCUCCGAAAUUCAUACUGAACUGUGGCAGGGGAGACCGUAAACGAAGCGAGAAUGAGCUCAGCAGGCAUUCCAAAGGAAGCAAUCGAAGUGAUUGCACAGACCGUAGGAAUUACGAAUCUCUCCCCUGAGGUUUCGCUCGCACUUGCUCCUGAUGCCGAGUACCGACUCCGUGAAAUUAUGCAGGAAGCAAUCAAGUGCAUGCGCCACGCUAGGAGAACCACUUUGACCGGCGACGAUGUAGAUAGCGCUCUUACCUUGAGAAACGUCGAGCCUGUAUAUGGGUUCACCUCCAAGGACUCUCUGCGAUUCAAGAGAGCUGGUGGGUUUAAGGAUCUUUACUACGUUGAUGACAAGGUUGUGGAGUUUAAAGAUGUCAUGGAAUCGCCUUUACCGAAGCCUCCUCUGCAUACCGCAGUUACUGCUCACUGGCUAGCGAUUGAAGGAGUUCAACCCGCAAUUCCUGAGAAUCCUCCAGUUGAAGUCCUAACAGCAACUGCUGAUGCGAAAAGGUCAGAGUAUAAGGAAGAUGGUUUUCCUGUUGAUAUUAGAUUACCCGUCAAGCAUGUGCUAUCAAGAGAACUUCAGCUGUACUUUGAAAAGAUCAAGGUCCUAACCAUGAGGAGGCCUGACUCGGUCAUAUUCAAGCAAGCAUUACUGAGCUUGGCAACAGACUCAGGACUGCAUGCUUUAGUGCCUUAUUUCACACACUUUAUUGCCGAUGAGGUUGCGAGGAAUUUAAAUAACUUCUCUCUUUUGUUUGCACUGAUGCGCGUUACCCGAAGUCUGACCCAGAACUCCCACAUUCAUAUAGAACCUUAUCUACACCAACUCCUGCCAUCUAUUUUUACCUGCUUGGUUGCCAGAAGAUUGGGACACAGAUUAACAGACAAUCACUGGGAGUUAAGGAAUUUCACAGCCAAUCUUAUUGGUUCAAUAUGCAAAACAUUUGGGCAUCUUUAUCACAAUCUCCAACCACGUAUCACAAGGACCCUGGUUCAUGCAUUCCUCGACCCAACAAAGUCCUUGACUCAACAUUAUGGUGCAAUACAAGGACUAGCAGCUCUUGGACCCAGUGUGGUUCGACUGCUUAUACUACCAAACCUAGAGCCAUAUUUGUUGCUUGUUGAACCUGACAUGCAACUUGAGAAGCAAAAGAAUGAGGUGAAGAGGUAUGAAGCUUGGCGUGUAUAUGGUGCAUUGAUGCGUGCAGCGGGUUUGUGCUUGCAUGAUCGUCUUAAGAUCCUGCCCGGUUUACUGACUCCGCCAGCUCGACCAAUCUUGAAGAGCAAUGGCAAGAUCGUGACAGGAAUGGCAAACAAACGCAAGGCAAGCAGUGACAGCUUGAUGCAGCAGCAACCACCACUCAAGAAAAUGACCACUGAGGCUGGUGCAGUGGGGAUGAUGUCAAUGAAUCCCAUGCAAGGCGGCAGAUUCCCCCCAUCGCUAGUGGCCUCAGGGAUGAUGGGCGGUGUAACGUCAAUUUCUCGACAGUUACCGGUUCUGGGUGAGAAUAUGGCAGGAGCCGUGAGGGAUGCUGGAGCAAAAACAUCAUCCCUCGUCCUUGCUCAAGCAUGGAAGGACGAUGUGAGUGCCGGCAAUUUGCUGGCUUCACUCUUUGAGCUCUUUGGUGAAAGAAUGUUCUCUUUCACCCCCAAACCUGAGUUGUCCUUUUUCUUGUGAUUCUUUAGUGGAAUUUUUAUGUAAAUUAAUCGUCGUCUGAAACAGAAUGACCAAUUUACAAUGUCACAGGUGUACUGGAAAUGUGUAAUAGAAAUUUUGAAUUGAAGAUCAGAAGUCAAUAAUGGUGUUGAGUGCACAGUAUACAAUACAAGCCCUAUAAAGCUAAUGAUUUCAUGGUGUUUCUUAACCUCCUCUUUUAACCCAUUUUCAUCUCCAUAUGGAUGUUAUAUUUUAUUUGCCAGAGCUUCAAUUAAGUAACUAAAAGCAUAGGAAUAGAGAUUAUAAUUUUACAACUCGAGGAGCUUCACAAUCAAUACACAGCAACAUUGCAGGAGGAAACCUCUCCAUCUUAAGAAUAAACCAAAGGAGGGGAACAAAAUGGCUAGAAAAGGGAUCAAAAGAAGAGCUUUCUCGGAGAAGGCGUGGUGGAAGUUGCAGCAGCAGUAGCUUUGAGAGGAAGAGGGCUUUCUUUGCUAGUUUCUUGGCUCCCUGCUGCCAUCUUGUCAAGAAGUUUGGCUGCCUUAGGAUCUGUUAGAAGUGUCUUCUGAAACGACUGUGAGAAACCAGUUGCAAUGAUGGUCACAUGAAUCUCUCCAUUGAAACGUUCGUCGACCACUGCACCAAAUAUUAUGUUUGCGGAUGGAUCGGCCAAACUUGUUACCACCUGGGACACUCUGUUCACUUCUUGUAGUGUUAUGUCCUUCCCUCCAGUUAUGUUGUAAACAACUCCGGUAGCUGAUUGGAUGGACGAUCCCAAUAGUGGCGCCAAAGUUGCUUGCUCAGCUGCUGCUUCUGCUCUGUUUUUCCCUGAGGAAGCCCCAACUCCAAGCAUUGCAGUACCAGAAUUUUUCAUCACGGCCUUUACAUCAGCAAAGUCAACAUUCACCAGCCCAGGUAUCUGCAAUAUCAGAGAUUCCUUGAACGCCUUGGCGUAAGACAUCAUCAGCAAGAAGGAAAGCAUCCUGAAGUGCAGUCUGCUCAUCAGCUAAGUCAAGCAAGCGGUCGUUCGGUAUCACUAUCAGAGUAUCAACAUUCUUCUGUAAUUUUUCUAGAGCUUCCACUGCCUGCAAAGAUCUUUUCCGCCCUUCAAAGCUAAAGGGGUAUGUAACAACACCAACAGUGAGAUAACCUGCGUCCCUUGAUAUCUGAGCUACAACAGGAGCAGCACCAGAUCCUGUGCCACCACCCAUACCAGCAGUUAUGAACACAAGGUCGGACCCCUUCAGAGCAUCGGCUAUAGCUUCUUUCGACUCCUCAGCAGCCUGCUCUCCCAAGAGGGGAUUCCCACCAGUACCUGCAAUCCACGAGUCAAAAGUUCUCCAAUUUGGAUUGGGUUCUCGGCUGCAGAUUGCAACAGCGCCUGAGAAUCUGUGUUUAUAGCAUAGAAAUCGACCCCCUGCAAGCCGCUGCCAAUCAUGCGAUUCACAGCAUUGUUGCCGCCACCGCCGACGCCCACUACCUUUAUCUUGGCAUUGUCCAUUUGAGAAAAUGAGCAGCUCACAUUCCCAUAUCUCGAACUCCAUGACCUGAACGUAGUACUUCCCCUCCGCUUACUCCUAUGCGCAGAACAGAGCCUCUGCUGAGGCAGGCACACGGCGGAGAAGGACGAAGAAGAGGUGUUGGGUUUCGCCAGCUGCAGCUGGAACUGCAGUGUCGCCAUUUCUCUGGUUGUGUACGUGCUUGUGGCGUUGAGUGAGGGAGACUUGAUGGAGAACAGAGGUUUUUAGGGUUUUACGAGAUACGCUUACACUUCAACAAACUCGAGUCGAAUUUUCUCAAAAACAAUUUCUUUCAUUUCUUCCA